AUGGCGCCUAAAAAGAAGCGCGGGCCGAGCGGCGGGCGCGAGGGCGCGGAGCCGCCGCUGUCGGAGCGCAUGCAGUACCUGCAGCGCGAGUGCCAGAUGCUCUCGGAGCAGCUGGACGCCUGCACGGGCGGCGUGGAGCGGGUGCUGCGGGACAACGCCGUCCUGGACAGCGAGUCGCUGCGCAUGCGCGAGGAGAACCGGCUCUUCGGCAACUACCUGGCGGCGCGCGCGCAGCGCUGGGCCAAUGCCAUCAUCACACUGAACGAGAAGAACCGCGUGGACUUGGCCCAGAUCCACUGGCAGCGAUCCGAGCUCGCGUCGCUCUACCAGGGCCGCGAAGACGGGGUGCGCGCGCAGCUCCAGGAGAUGGAGACCCGAGCGGACCAGAUGGCCCGCCAGGUCCAGGAGCUGCAGCCCUACAAGGCCAGUGCACGCGCGCCCCGGGGCGGGCCGGGGGCCCCGGCGAGGCGGGCGCGGUCCCAACCCCUGCGCUGUCUGCGCCCCCGCCCCAGGAGCUGCAGCUGGAGCAGCUGGCGCGGAUCCGGACGCUGGAGCGGGAGCUGCUGCACAUGCGCGUGGAGCACACGCAGCUGCUGCACCGGGUGAAGCGGCGCUUCCUGGACGACAAGGCGGCCUU